UCCACUCCGUCUGUAGGAGAGGCUGGGGGCCGCGACUCUGGAAUUUGCAGGUGCACGGCGCCGACCUGGGGGAUCAGCGGCCCCUGCUGUGCGCGGGGACACCUACGGCCGGAGGCUCCCACGUCUGGGACCCUGAGAGCUGGAGGAGGUUUUCCAUCCGCUCCAGGAGCAGCCUGGAGAACAGGUUCUUCACCCCCACCGGCAGGACGAGGCAGAGGGCGGAGGAUCUUCCUCCCCGCGCGGGCCUGCUGUCCGGGUCCUCCCUAGCGGCCGGGGAGUGGCGGGGCUCCGACCAUCCAGGUACCCGGGGCAGACUGUGAGCCCGGGCGCCAGAGAAGGGGGAGAAGUCGAUGGACCGGAGCACCUGGGUCGAGCAUUGCGUCUGGGCGCUAGAAGUCCACGUCCACGAAGGAUACCGCUGCUGGAGGCCAGCCCUUGGAGCCAGUCGGGGGAAGCGGCAUGGAGGGGAGGUCUGCUGAACCUUGGGACCUGGAGUUCGGGGUUCCGGGGGCGGGCGGAUGUGGGCUGCACUUGAGGACGGCGCGCUCCAGCCCCGCCAAGCCGACUGCGGAUCUGCCAUCCGCCAGGAGCUCAGCCACGUGGGCCCCCAGCCGUCGGCAGCUCUGUCUGACCUUCCUGCUAGUCUGUGUUCUUUCAGCCGUCUUCUUCCUCCACAUCCACCAAGACCUGUUUCACAGUGGCCUAGACCUCACUGCCCUGUGUCCAGACCGCCGCCUCCUGACACCCCCCGUGGCCAUCUUCUGCCUGUCGGGCUCACCGAUGGCCCCCAACACCUCCUUUCCCUGUCUCAAGGCCCCUGCCUCCCUCUCAGGAAUCUGGACUAUCUACCCAGACGGCCGCUUCGGUAACCAGAUGGGGCAGUAUGCCACGCUGCUGGCCCUGGCCCAGCUCAACGGUCGCCAGGCGUUCAUCCUGCCCGCCAUGCAUGCCGCCCUCGCCCCCGUGUUCCGCAUCACCCUGCCCGUGCUGGCCCCCGAGGUGGACGGCCACACGCCAUGGCAGGAGCUGCAGCUGCAUGACUGGAUGUCGGAGGACUAUGCCCACUUGGAGGAUGCCUUUCUGAAGCUCACGGGCUUCCCCUGCUCCUGGACCUUCUUCCACCAUCUCCGUGCCCAGAUCCGCCGCGAGUUCACCUUGCACGAACACCUGCGGCAGGAGGCCCAGGGUCUACUGAGCCAGCUCCGCUUGGGCCGCACGGGGGGCCGUCCUCGCACCUUUGUGGGUGUCCACGUGCGCCGGGGGGACUACCUGCAGGUCAUGCCCCAUCGCUGGAAGGGUGUGGUGGGCGAUCGCGCUUACCUCCAGCAGGCUAUGGACUGGUUCCGGGCCCGGCACGAAGCCCCCAUCUUUGUGGUCGUCAGCAACGGCAUGGGCUGGUGUCGGGAGAACAUUGACGCCUCCCGGGGGGAUGUGAUCUUUGCUGGCGACGGGCAGGAGGGCUCGCCAGGGAAGGACUUCGCGCUGCUCACGCAGUGCAACCACACCAUCAUGACCAUUGGGACCUUUGGUUUCUGGGCUGCCUACCUGGCCGGUGGAGACACUGUCUACCUGGCCAACUUCACCCUGCCGAACUCCAACUUCCUUAAGAUCUUUAAGCCCGAGGCCGCCUUCCUGCCCGAGUGGGUGGGUAUUAAUGCGGACUUGUCUGCACUCCAGUCGCUGGCAGGGCCUUGAGGGAGACUUUCUGGAAUUGCUGAUCAGUCUUGGGCCAGCAUUUAUGCAUCUCCAGAGGCCUGGCAGCUUGGAGAGAAAAGAGGGCUUUCUGUAGCUGUCUGGACAUUCUAGAACCAGCAGAAGAUCUUUUCCUGUUGGUUGGCAAUGCCUAGAGAGGCUCAUGUCAGUUCUAGAAGGCAAUGCCUACCUGCUCUUCCCAGCCCAUUCUAGAUGGCUGCACCCCAAGUACAGGCAACUCCCCCUUCUAAUGUUGCCCCUGGUCUUUUCUAGAAGAGAGGUUCAUCUCCAGGACUGAAGGAAUCUGUGGGUAUUCUAGAGCAAGCACUCACCAACUCCCCUUCUGUGUUUCAUGCAGCCAUUCUAGACAGGGUCAAUUCUAGUGCCUGUGAAGAAUCCUGCAGGGCUCUUCCAGAGGGGAUGGAGUUCUGGAAUUCCAGGAGAAUUCAGGAAGGUACAAUCCGAAGCUCAAUGCCUCAACCACUGCCAGAAAGAUUGGUGGAAGACAAACUGUCUGUAGCUGCAAGCAGACCCGAAAUCUGUCCAACCUCUCAGCCCCGGAAAAAAAAAGACCAAGACUCUUUUUUUUUUUUUUUUUUUAAAGAUUUUAUUUAUUUGCG